AUGUCUUCUGGGUCUUUGCAUUCGUCCGGUCUGUUCAAUGUCGCGGGAAAGGUCGUCCUCGUCACCGGUGGCAGUCGAGGGAUCGGCAAAAUGAUUGCAGCGGGGUUUGUGGCCAACGGAUGCAAAGUCUACAUAUCCUCUCGCUCGGCCAAAGACUGCGACCUCGCGGCAGAGGAGCUCAAUGCGCUGGGCCCGGGGUCGUGCGCCGCUCUGCCUGCGGACAUGCAGAAAUACGAGGAGGUGGAACGGCUUGUCCACACGCUGUCCGCCCGCGAACAGGCCCUGCAUGUGCUCGUCAACAACGCUGGGGCUGCGUGGGGAGAGACCAUCGACGACUAUCCUGUGAGCUCUCAGUUUGGCUGUGACACCGCAUUCACCAAGCUGCUCACUCUCAACACCCAGCGGGUGUUCACGCUGACGCAGAAGUGUCUCCCGCUCCUCCGUGCCGCCGCCACCCGAGGCGGAAUGGAAGGCGACGUAUACAAGGACCCUGCUCGCAUCAUCAACAUCGGCUCAGUUGACGGACUCGUAGUGCCCAGUCUUGAGACUUACGCGUACUCUGCAUCCAAGGCUGCGUUGCACCACCUGAGCAGACAUCUCGCAAGCAGGCUGGGAUGGGAUGGGAUCACCAGCAACACGAUCGCUUGUGGUCCAUUCCAGAGCAAAAUGAUGGCCGCGACGCUCCAGUCGAUGGGCGACGCUAUCAAGAGUCGGAUCCCGCUUCUGCGCAUCGGCGCUCCUGAAGAUGUUGCGGGCACGGCCAUUUUCCUCGCCAGCCGCGCAGGCGCAUACGUCAAUGGUGCCACAAUCACGCUAGACGGCGGGCAAACAAUCGCAAUGAGGCCGAUGAGCCAUUCCGCAAAGCUCUAG